GACGCCAGUCAUAUGUUGUCAUGUGCGAUACUGCGUGUGUUCGCCUGUGUGUUGUUGCUGUGGGGGGCUGCCUAAUUGACGUGUGCUAAUGACGACAUACGCCUGUGUUGCCAGCUGAACUUAGACUUAAGUGGUCCCAGAUAUUUCAUUCUGGGGGGUAGUUGGUGCAUUUGUUCUCAGACCAGGUGAUACAAACUUGGAUUAAAGUUUACAACUAUUGGAUACUGGGGGAGGGAAUGUUCAGUGGUCUGGAGGAAAAUUAAUGGAAAAUUCCUUUUGUGUUUUUUUUAUUACACAAUAAGAAACGGAUUAAUUUUUAACGUGUGACGUAUAACCCACAGCGUUGUCAGCGGUUCAGAAUCUUGGUCGAUGUUGAUAGCUCCAGGCUGACAGAGUUACUCCAGAAGUCACACACAGGUGUUGUGUUGAGUGUUGAUACAGGUGUUGUGUUGAGUGUUGAUAGGGUCACUCGAUGGGAAGUUGAUCAACAGUGAUUUGGGUCAGAGAGUCGCCAUGUUUGUUAUUGUCAAGUUUGGAAACAACGAGAGCCUAUUGGUCAACCCGAGCUGCGCGGUCAUCAAUCUGCUGACCAGCAUCAAACGACGAGCAGGCUUUGCCAACACCAACAAAACCAUCGACCUGUCGGAUGAGAAUGGUCUGGUUAAAGAGUUGGACGUCCACAAAUUUGAAAACGCCAAUAAGUAUCUGACGUCACAUGAGACCUACAUCCUAGUGCAGAAGGAGCUGAUGAUGGAGGAUGGCGAGACGACCACACAGUACACAUAUGUGCCUCUCUUAGACAGAUACACAGAACUCUUCCCAAAUUUUAAAAUCCACGUGCAGGAUGUGCCAGAUUUACGAAAAAAGUCACGUGUCCGGACGGGAACCAAAUCCCCGAGCCCUGCCGGCAAGCUCAUCGGGAGAACCGGGAAAAAAGAGGGCGUGGCUAAAAAGGCAACGAGAAGGAAAUAAACCGGGAGAGUUUGAAAAUAAAAGUUAAAUGUCAUGUAAUCCUAACCAGCACUUGAACUAACCAAUGUUACAUUGUACAUCAAUUAACCAAUGUUACAUGGUACUUCACUUAACAGUGUGAGCUGUAUCACACACAUGUAUCAUCAGCUGUAUUGCAGCAUAGUUACUAGAGUUUUUUUUACCAACGUCACCACAUCACAUUAAUAACCAUUGUUAAGAUAAAUACAUUGCAAUGUUCACCAAUACACAUUUGGUAAACACAAAAACACCAGCCACAAUAGGACACACACACAACACCAUCCACCAUAGGACACACACACCACCAGCCCCUGUAUGACACACAACACCAGCCACCAUAGUACUGACGGCCUGGUUAUUUAACCCAUUUACUUAUCUCAGUUCACUAUAACCUAUUGUUACUGUGUGCACUAUAACAAAUGUGCUGGGCAGCUUAAUUAAAUUAUGGUUUCAAUGUUGUAGAUCAAUCUUUAAAAAGUUUCUUUAGUACAGGCCAUGGGAGCAGUAGGGCAUGGGAGCAGUAGGGCAUGGGAGCAGUAGGGCAUGAGAGCAGUAGGGCAUGGGAGCAGUAGGGCAUGGGAGCAGUAGGGCAUGGGAGCAGUAGGGCAUGGGAGCAGUAGGGCAUGGGAGCAGAGGGCCAUGGGAGCAGUAGGGCAUGGGAGCAGUAGGGCAUGGGAGCAGUAGGCAUGGGAGCAGUAGGGCAUGGGAGCAGUAGGCCAUGGGAGCAGUAGGGCAGGGGAGCAGUAGGUCAUGUGAGCAGUAGGCCAUGGGAGCAGUAGGGCAGGGGAGCAGUAGGGCAUGGGAGCAGUAGGUCAUGGGAGCAGUAGGGCAUCGGAGCAGCAGGGCAUGGGAGCAGUAGGGCAGGGGAGCAGUAGGUCAUGUGAGCAGUAGGCCAUGGGAGCAGUAGGGCAUGGGAGCAGUAGGUCAUGGGAGCAGUAGGGCAUGGGAGCAGUAGGGCAUGGGAGCAGUAGGGCAGGGGAGCAGUAGGUCAUGUGAGCAGUAGGCCAUGGGAGCAGUAGGGCAGGGGAGCAGUAGGGCAUGGGAGCAGUAGGUCAUGGGAGCAGUAGGGCAGGGGAGCAGUAGGGCAUGGGAGCAGUAGGGCAGGGGAGCAGUAGGGCAUGGGAGCAGUAGGGCAUGGGAGCAGUAGGCCAAGGGAGCAGUAGGGCAUGGGAGCAGUAGGGCAGGGGAGCAGUAGGUCAUGGGAGGCAAUAAGAGCAGAAGGAAAAAACUAGUUUUCACUUUUAAAAAAGUUGAGAAUUUAUUGCGAUACUGAAAAUAUUUUUUUAAAUUACCAAACCAUAGUCUGCUCCAUCGUAAGUUAUUAAUAGCUUUAAUCUGAAAGUGGCAACUCUAGUUCUUGUCUCAGUAAGCCCCCCCCCCCCCUUACGAAGCGAACGCUAUUUUAUUCUCAGCCUUUUAAUUAAACAUAAUUUAUAUCAGCUGUUGGCAGUUUCAUUUAAUUUCCCUUCAACUUGAAAAACGUGUGAUCCAAUUUCUUAAAAUCAGUCACCCGCUCCCCUCCCCGCCCCUCCUCCGCUCUCCCACAAUCCAAUUUGUGAAGAAGAUUCGAUCAAAGCUGUCCAGGGCCAGACUGCUGAUACAGCAAACAGCUCUUCAUAGAGCUGCCGCCUGUACAAACCUACACUUCUGAUUGGUUCACACGGUCACGUGAUAAUGAAACACUAAAACCUUACAUUCUAACAACACACCGUAGCUUUUUAAAAUAAAAUAAACAACAACACUUUAUGUUUAACUUGGUAAAACGGAGUUGGGUCUAAAUUUAUUCUUAGAUUUGAGGGAAUAUUGUCCUGUGCCGUGUUGAUUGUCUGCGCUUGUUGUGAAAAAUCAAAUUUGUCUCGGAGAUUGUCGGUCGUGCUAAAACAUGCAAGUAGGUCAUCAAGGGCAUGUUACUCUUGAUGAUAUUCGCCUGAUUUGAUUUUUCACUGUAAAUACAAGAGAUUUUCUCCAAUAUGUAAAAAUGAACAUGUUAUUAAAUAAAUCAUUUA